AAAUGUAUAAGUUUAUGAUGUAUAUGAUCUCUGACAUAAAACUCUGAUAAAUAUAGACGUCGAAUACAACAUAGUCUACUAUAUGAAUCUGGAUUGCACAGACGUACAUACUUAAAGGAAUCAUGCUGAAGAUGUUAACAAGUAUCCUGCUUCUGUCCGCAUGUUUCUUGGCAGCUAGUGCACAUUGUAAGUUCCCAUGUUACCGCUACGAUGUUGGAACUUGGGUAAACGACAAUAGUGCUUUUAUCUGGUCUUGUGCAAAUCCGACAGUUUUAACAGUUCUAUCAGUAAAUGGUUUUGAAGAAAGGGUGUGUUACGCCAGACGUGGAUCAUUUCUUGUAUCAAGAAUUGGAAAUACAUACAGGUGCAUAAAAUAUACCGCUUAUAACAGUAAAGCCGGAGUAUCGUUUGUCUAUAUUACACCAGCUAAAAACUAUUUUAAAGAGCCAUCCAUAUGUGAAGUUUGUUCAGGAAGAUAUAUACCACUAGUUUUAGUCGACGAGCGUGCCAGACAAGCGAUCUCAGCACCCUUAGGGUGUAACAGACCAGCAUUUUGUCCAAUUAAAGAUUGGUAUAAUGACAAGCCCUGUAGCCCAGGACCAAUCAUUGACGAUGGACUCAUGUGUAAUAGCUGUAUCAGAUAUUAG